AUGACGAAGAGGACAUCUUCAUUUGGUAAGCGCCAGAAUAAGAUGCACACUUUGUGCUGUCAUUGCGGUUCUAAGGCAUACCAUAUUCAGAAGUCAACAUGUGGCAAAUGUGGAUAUCCUGCUAAAUGCAAGAGAAAGCAUAAUUGGAGUGCAAAGGCUAAGCAACGCAACACCACUGGUACUGGUCGAAUGAGGCACCUAAAAAUUGUCUAUCACCGAUUCAGAAAUGGAUUCCGUGAAAGAACAAUACCUAAACCCAUGAGAGCAGCUGUUGCAGCAUCUAGUUCAUCUUGAGGAUUCAACUGUUUGUUAAAAUAAAUGUCCUGAAU